CUUGGUAGUCAGUUGUUCCAGUCCUAAGCGGCCAUACCAGCCAUCAGUUUAUUAGAGAGACCGCAGUCAUCUGUGCUUUUCUUUGACACAACAUUAAUGGUUACCUGUUAACGCUACCAUGGUUUACCUACCCUUAAUCGUCGCUUUUUCCUUGGUUGCUUUUGGUUAUUCGCAGGACGUAGAGCUUCAGCAGACCGCAACUACCAACUAUGCGUACAAAGACACCACGGAAGCCAUGAGGAGCACGACGGAAAACCAGAAGUACGAGACCAGCAUCCAGAAGGCCCUGGCCUGGUUGGUGACGCAAAGAGAGAGCAAUUGGGGCUGGCGAAACGACACCUCGAAAGUACUUACCGCCUUACAGUUGACCCCGCAGGAAGAAUCCGCAGCGCUGCUACCCACGCACCUGGAGAUGCAGCUCUCUUUCAAACAGAUGGAGGUGGAGAUCGUUGUCCUCCUUUGGAGAUCCGCCUUUUCCAGACACCACGAGGUACCCAUAACUCCUCCAAAGCUCUCGCAGUACUGCUUGGCUCUAAACGCCCUCUGUUACGACCCCCGUCAGUUCCACGGCCAUGACCUCAUAGGUACGCUGCAGCACCACGAAGCUGUGCACGACUUGGAAUUCGCCUACGCGACAUUGGCUGCCUGCAGCGCUAGAGCGCACGUACGCAAGAAGCAGAUCAGGAGGCUUUUGGACAUAGCCAAUACUGCCAAGGACCAUAAUAUCGACACUGUGGCUAUGACGAUUCUGGCCUUGAGGUGUAUCGUGAAAGACCACAGGCACAGGAACUUGCAGCACUCUCUACGAAGGCCGAGUAUCAAUUUGGCACGUCAGCAACAAACCGACGGCGGUUUCGGCAACUUAUACAACACAGCUCUAACCUUGCAGGCGUUACAAGACAUGAACGAAAUAAACAAUCACUGGAACAAGUCAGCUGCCAAAAACUACAUCGAAUCCAGGCAAGAUCCAGAUGGCGCUUUCACUGACCCCAACCUGACCGCAGAGGUCAUCCUGGCCUUGUCUGAAAGAGGCCUAGGCUCCAUCAGGAACCUGGACUGUGGAAAAUUUGACGACUACGAAAACCACGUCGACAUAGAUGGCUUAACGAAGUCGUUCUCGAGCCACGGCAACGACUCCGAGAUCCGCAACGUUACCAUCACCUACACCCUAUGGGUGGGCUCCAACAUCACCGAAAACUCGACCAUCAGCAUAACGGCCCCAAGAAACACCUCCUUCUACAACAUCAUGCAGAUGGCCAUGGAUCUGGACCCGCGCUUCUCCUUCGAGGCCUCGGAGUGGCCAAACGGUCACUACGUCCACACCCUGGCCGGGUACAAAGAGGAACCCAUGGGGUACCACUACUGGUUGCUGUACAGGUUACCGGAGAUACCCGAUCCGAUGGCUCCUCCAGCGAAUCAACUUGUAGCACCAGUGGGAGUGGAUGAUUUAUUGAUUGAAGAAGGUGACCACUAUCUGUUUUGGUACAAGAAGCUGUAAAUAUAGGAGGGGAAGGCAGCAGUCAUCUCGAAGGACACCACAGAAGGCUUAAGAUGUGCGUUUUUCUUUUCGUUAUUCAAAUGUUUCACCCAUUUCAAUCGAACCGUAGCCACCUGAGUUUAAUUUGCCGUGCUGGGCACCUUGAAUUUCUUUAUACUUUUGGCCUUUAUAGUAAGAGAAGCAGAGAGCUUGGUGUUUUCGCGAAUAACGUAUACAUAACCUCUAUGUCUACAACGGCUAUUUUGUGUGACGUUUAUUUAUACAGGAAAUUUUAUUCUAGUCUUUUGAGAAAAGUGUAUUAGUACUUUAAAUGUAAUAUAGUUGGUGCAUCUGAGCAGACAAUGAUUCUGCAUAAUUGAUACUUUUCUACAGCCUUUAUUUUUAGAUGUAAGGCGACCACCUAGGGUCUCUGAGUUUGACAAUAUACAGGGUUGAUCAAAAAUAGUACAAUUGCUUGCUCCUAGUCAUUCAUCAUGUUCUAAUAAAAACUUCAUCACUACUUAUAUUUGUCCACCCUGUAUAUGUAUAAAAUCCUAGUAAAUCUCAUAAAACAAUACAUGCCCUCUUAUAAUCCACAUUUUAUUUUAAAUUAUGCAUCAUCAUCAAACCGAUAUCUUCUUAAUAACAAAUACUUGAUAAUCUUAGAUUAAAUAAUUUUAAUAUUUAUCUGUUUUACCUGAUUGUCGAUUGAUGUUGAUGCAAAAUUGUCUAGAAACGACCCCUACGUGUGUGUAUUUAUUUCAUAAAUGGUAAAAGAUAUCGGAAAUAUUAAAAAUGUUCUAGUAAUAAAAAAGAAUAUAUCUACCUUGAUGUAUUUAUAUGAUAAAGAUGCAUUUUUGAGAGACAAUACUAUACGAUUUUUUGUGUAAACAUUUUUUAUAGGUAGCUUAGGGUACAUUUAUUUAUCCAGUUGUUAAGAGAAGCAAAGAGAAUUGUUGAAAAUUCAUUAUUUUUAUUAUACCUUUGGCUUAAAAAUGUUAUU